GUUAUACUUGAUUUUGUGCCAUCUAGUGUGAUUGAGGAGUGUACUUUCUACCGGAUAGACUUAUGUAUAUCUUCAUAGUUAAAUAUCUUUCAUUAUAAUAACGUUGUAUACAUCUACAUUUUUACGUAUAUAUUGUGCAGUACAUAGCUUCUUAGUUGAUCGUUCUUAGUUGAGCAGACUUGAUGUUUCCACCGGAAUUCUUUAAGUGACGGACAAAGACAAGAUGUCAGUUGAGAAAGAAGGCACGAGUUUGAAUGUCACUACUGAAGUUGUGACAGAAAACAAUGACAAACUACAACUUAUUAAAGGUGCAGCUUUCCUGACGACUGUCGCUUCUGCCGGGAUGAUAGCAGGUUUCGGCUCCACAUUAGCGUUGGUUAAAAAAAAGAAUCCAGGGUGGUUUACCAAGGGAACGAUGCCAACGGUUGCAGUGCCGGAGACGGGGGCGUCCCUGGCUCUCCGGGCCCUUGGCUGGGGCUCUCUUUACGCCUGGUGUGGAGUUGGCCUGCUCGGCUUGGGGGUCUGGAAAGCCAUGGGGGUCCAUAGCCUAACAGAAUUCAAGAAGAAGAUGCAGACAAUUUUCCCGGCUAUUCCCAAAAACGAGGAAAGACCUGAAAACUCGCUGGAAUGGGACUCUCUCUUCCAGUCUAAAGAGGACUGAGGAAAACGACGGGCCUAGCAUUCGCUCUCCCUCUCUGGCUGAGGGCAGCAUCUAAGCCACUGUGGAAUGGUCUCUGAGCUCAAUAAGACUCAUCUUAAGCCAGUGAAGAGAGUACCUGCCUGACGCGUCAGGAAUGCCCAGGCUGUUGGGAGCGAGGUUUCAUGGGUAACAUCCCUUGGGUUAUGUGUCGUUUUAAUGUUUAAACUCACAAAAGUCCUGGGCGGUCUUUUACUAGGACAGUUAUCUUAUAUGCCGCUAUGUUGGUGUUAUUCAGCUAUACACUGUCUGCGAUUCAUUUUUGGUUGGUUCAUGCAUUACCUUAUGAGGGCUCACGUUGGCCUGCAUUCAUCGGAGAGCGAGAUGCUGUGCUGGCUUCCUGAAUACACCGUCUAAAAUGUCAGCAGCAGGCUGUUUUGAGUUUACCGCAGAGUUAACGACAAACUCUCGGGCUAGUACAAACAUAGGCAGCCAGACCCUGGCUUUCUGAUAUUUGUGCAUCAUGUCUGGUGAAGAGAUCUUAUGACUUAGUGUAAUUUCUCAUGAAGGCCACAAGAUGGAUUGGUUAUCUUCACAGUCUGUCAAGAUGUAAUUAUCACUUGGUUUUGCUCUGCGAUACGUCAAAUGAGUUUGUGGUUUUGAAAACGGCGCAGGCUGUACAGAGGUCUGGCUUUUCGUGAACAGACUGAACAAUUGUCCAAUGCAACACCUAUAAAUAAAUGUUUGCCAUCAGCGAUUCACAUAAAAGACAAGUAUCAAAGCAAGAACAGACAUCUUCUUAAACCUUCUGGCUCACUGUACAACAAGGACUGUGUACAAAUUCUCCAAGCGUGUACGUCAUCCUUAACGUGUUGGUGAGACCGCUGCCCCAGACUUUUUGUGAACAUUGGUGCCUUAAAGUAGCCUACGUUUCAGAACGUCAGAGUCAGUGGUCACAAGCUGAGCUUCUACGUAUAGGGAUCAUCUGCUGGGAUGUUAUUUUUGUUGUUCAUAUUUUUAUUCCAUGUCUGCUGUUCUAAAUAAACUUGUCUUGAGAUUG